UGACUAGAGCAGUAGCGUCACUGUGACGUCACUCGCUUGGCUUCGGUUGGAACGGUUACCAGCUUGAAGACUGGUCAGUUCGUCGGUUUAUUCCGUGGCGUUGUUUGUAAUUUGUGUCCUUCAGUGUUCAUCACUUUCAAGUGCAUUUCCACUUAGAACACUUUGAACAGCAGGAUGGCGAGUGAAGAAAACAACGUAGCUGCCGAGUCCAAGGAGACGAAAGAAGUCCAGGAAUCCACACCUGAGACCAAACAGGAGAAAGAGAAGGAGAAGGAAGCGACCAAAACCCCUGAAACGCCGGUUGCUGAGCCUCAGCCUCCGAAACCCGUUGUGCGUAAAACAAAUUUCGAAAAGGACAUUGUUUAUCUUUACCAGUUUUCUCGCACACCUGUCGUUCCGUCCUUAUCUCCUUAUUGCCUAAAAGUGGAAACAUGGUUGAGACUUGCUGGACUCAAAUACGAGAAUGUGGACCACAAAAUGAAAUACCGCUCAAAGAAAGGCCAGCUGCCCUUCAUCGAACUGAACGGCGAGGAGAUCGCCGACAGCUCAGUCAUCAUCAAAGAGUUGGGCCAGAAGUUCGACAAGGACCUCGACGCCGGCCUCGACAACGCACAGAAGAACGUUUCGCACGCCAUGAUCUCAAUGAUUGAAAAUCAUCUCUUCUGGGUUGUAAUGUGGUGGAGGACAAAGCAGCCAGACAACAUGAUUAAGGGAUACAAAAUCAAUCUGCAGCACGCCCUAGGAACAAGAAUACCAAACGCUGUGCUCAAUCUCUUCUUCAAAUUGGGCUACGGCAGAAAGGGCUCGAAGAAGGUGAAAGCGCAGGGCAUCGGCGUGCACAAGCCGGAGGAGAUCAUGGAAUUUGGCCAGAACGACCUGAAGGUGUUGUCCGAGAUGCUGGCCGACAAGCCGUUCUUCUUUGGCGACGAGCCCAAGCUGCUGGAUGUAGUGGCUUUCGCCAACCUGGCGCAGAUCCACUUCAUCGACAAGGAGCUGUCCUACCAACUGCGCGACUUCAUGCAGGACAACUGCGCCAACCUCGUCGGCCUCGUCAACCGCGUCAAGGAGAGGUGCUUCCCAGACUGGGAUGAUAUCUGCCAAACUCUAGACCUGAACUCGCAUCUGCCAAAGCCGCCUCCCGAAGAGAAGGAGACCAAAAACAAGGACGAAGAGAAGAAGGCAGAGAAGGACGGUGAUGAGAAGGAUACCGAAAAAGAAAAGUCUGAAAAAGAAAUCGAGAAGGAAAGCGAGAAAGAAACAGACGAGAACAAGGAGAAAGAAAAAGAGAAAGAAGAGAAGAAGUGAAGUGUCGUCCGCAACAACACCUGUCCCCCCUCCCCCUCAUCACCUUCUUCUCAAUCCGUAUUCAGUGAAUACAAGAAUAAAACAUAAGUGUAGCUUUUUAAGAGAAUAUUUCUGUUCGGUUUUCUAUCUACCUACUCUCAAGUAGCGCAGAUUGAACAUUAUUAUAAAAUUGUAUUUGUGACGCGACGUCCUGUUUAUUAACAAACAGCUUAACGUCUUUAUUCUAUUCUGUAAUUGAUGAACAAUAUUACUAUACUUCUCUAAUGUUGCUACUAGUUACUCAUACGUAAUUGAUUACUGCUCUUAUUUAUUCUUCAUUCCAUGGCAUUUGUUAAUGUAUUUAUACUGUAUUCGUUCUUACACUAUGCUAGAUAAAGGAAUGUUCCCACCAAACGGCUUUAGACUGGCCAAAAUACUUUCGUUGCUUUUCUUUAACUAUUAUUAUUAUUAUGAUGAUAUUAUUAUUAUUGAUGUGAGAAUGAUGAUGAUGAUGAUGAACUUGUAUGUGUAAAUAAGUAUUGAGAUACAGUUUUAUUAUAUAAUUUUAAAUAAAGUAUAUUAUUAUCUAGAAAAUUUAUAUGUUUAAUUUAUAAAAGAUUUAUAUAUAAUUAUGCGUUCGCGAAUGAAUAACUUUGGCCUCUCUAAAUCCGAACAUGAAGUGGACAUUUUUCUAUGUAGAACUUUUAGGGAUAUUUUAAGAUGUUUUUAUAAAAUUGAUGAGAAAAACUAAGAAAAAUUCAAUUUUAAAAUUUAAGCAAGCGCUCAAAGUAUGAACAGAGUCUGCUCAAAGAACCUAAGAGAAUAUUGAGUGAUUCAUCGUCAAUAUUGAUUAUAACAAACCAACAAACAGUUUCAGGGACCAGGGCAGGACUGGUGCAUUUAACUUGGCAUUUAAAUAUAAUAAAUGAUGAUGAAGCUACGUGUACUCACCUCAUAAAGUCUGUCUUUCUUUUAUACAUAAUUUUCAUUUUUUUAUCUUUGUAAUAAAGUAUUUGAUAAAGCUACAAAAAUUACUUCUUAGCAAGCUACGCGAUCGUGUUUAUAAAACUAUACGUAUGAAUAAGUUGUUUGUGAAAUUGAACUAGUUUCUCUCCUAAAUAAAGAACAUCCUUUGCUUUUGUAGAUUAGUGUAGCUAGAUGUUACAUCUCAACAUAACAAACAAUUUUAUAUAGGGAAUAUCUCACAUCCAGUUAUUAUCAAUUUUAUCCUUGAUAGAAGCCACCCACAUAGUCUAUUAAUUACAGUAGGCCUUCUGUUUUUCAUUAGAUUGGUUGCGCGAAGUAUCUUAGAAUUUAUCGCAUAAAUACUUACGUUUUUCAACCAAAUGGGUACUUAAGUUUCAAGUGCGUAAAAGUUCAGUAUUUACUCUCAAGUUUGCUAUCUCUUUCACUUUUUCAGUAUUUACUGAUAGCUCUCAUUUACUUACAUUUCUUGAGUAUUUACUGAAAAGUAGGUUCGUAAAAUUUUCCUUUUACUGAACCCUCAAGUAAAUAUGGACUAGAACUUGUAUGGCUUACCCAAUCUGCUAUACAUCUAUUCUCUCGCAGUACCAGCCUUAUCCACGGAUGGCCCAAACUCAAUAAACUUGUUAUCAAGUUUAAUAAAUUCGGACCACCCAUGGAUAAGGAUGGCUCAGCGUGAGAAUAUAUGUAUAUCAGAUUGAGUGAGCCAGGAAAGCAAUGAAUUGUAAAACACUUUGCGUAACCAUGCUUACGAAAAACAGAAAGCCUGCUGUGAUAUGAUGCUUCUGUCAAGGAUAAAAUUGAUAUUGACUGCUUUUUAUAUAGGAUAUUUGAAUGAAUCAUGUCGGUGGUCGCAUCUCAAGUUCAAACGUGAGCAACAUAUUGACUUUAUUAAUUAUUAUGAUUAUCUUAUAAUAUUCGUAUAAUGAAUAAAUGUCUGUUGAUAUUCUCCUGAUCCAAUGAAUGUUUCUAUAAAUGGCAGUUACAGUGGCAGUUGAAUGUGUGCGAAGAAGAUGAAGAAAGUAUGUUGUAAGCCGUUUAUUAUUAUUGUGCUAAUCCUAAUCGAUUUUAUGGGAUGAGUUAUUUAUAUCGUUGGACCGAGGCAUCUUUCAAUUGUUUGGUUACUUCAAGAUUUAUUGUGUGAUGCAGACGAGUUAUACAACUGAAUUUCUUCGAGCUUUUGUAGUAUGAUCUUCGGAUUCCGAAGAAAUGUCAAUAAAUAGCUUUUCCACCAAAGGUCAGCAGAGAGUAAAUUUCAAAGCUAGUCGAGAUUGAGUUUUGUACAAGAUCAUACAAACCUGCACUUCACCUUUCCUCUUGGAGCCGUUGGUUGAAUUGUUUCUGAUAAGUCAACAAAUAUAAAUAAUGGAUGAUUUUCAAAGUUUCAGCACUUGUUCACUUGAAUUUUCCAACAUUUAAUAUAAUGCUACAUUUUCAUGACUUGUUUCACCUGCAAAUUAUCAUUAUUGUAAUAUAUAUAUAAUUUCAUGUUGUUUUAAACAUUCUGACAAUAGAAUAAUUGGAAAUAUAUUAUUUUUAUUGUAAUAAUUUCAAAUAUGAUUGUAAUGAUUAUUAUUCUUAUAUAUUAGGGCUACUACAUGGUAAUGUUUGAAAGUUGUCAGAAAGGCUUAACAGUAGAGCUUAUUAUGAUGAAGCAGAGCUGUAAGUAAGUACACCAUUGCCUGAAUAAAAAAAUUAAAAACACUCCACUUUUGA